GAUGUUUGAGUCACUUGAUCGUACACCAUGGAAAGAAAAAAAUGAUUAUGGGAAUCUUUGCAUGAGGCAUUAUCUUCAAAACAGGAAAAAAUUGCGUUACAUUUGCUAUCAAUCGAUCCAACUGUAUGUGAGAUUGAUAACGAUAUGAUGGAGAGCCCGCUUUUCCUUGCAGUAAAGAACGGGAUGAACAAGGUAGCACAGGAAAUAUUGGAGUCCAACUUCUCUUAUAGUGUUAGUGGCCCAAGUCGUUCUACUCCACUCCAUUAUGCUCCAUAUUCUUCAGAAUGUAUUUUAAGAUUGCUGCUGAAGACGAAAUCAUACCUUCUAGAUGAAAUAGAUCAACUACACGGAUUCAAUGUGCUCCACCAAUGGGCAAGAAUAGGGAAGUAUGAGCCAUUAAAGUGGCUUUCAAAAGAUGAUUUUCCGGAAGAGGUGAGGACCAAAGUCUUCAAGGAUUUAAUUAUGAUCCCUGAUAAGUUCAACGGUGACAAUCCAAUACACUGUGUGGUAAGGAGUAAUGCAACCACUCCUUUCAAAAUGGCAGCAACGAUUGUUCCUCCUUUUGACAUUGCCCCAAUGGGUGUUUCGACAGUAGAUGAUACGACGACAACUCUAAAAUUGUUUUUAGAAGUUCUUGUAACCAGUUUCCUAGAAGAACAACAAAAGGCUGGAGAAUCGUCCUCAGUUGAUCAUUACCCUCCUUUUCGAGCAGCUAAUAUUUUUGGGGAUACACCUUUGCAUUUGGCUUUAUCUUCAGGAAAGCAAGAAGCUGCAUUAUAUAUGCUAUCAAUUGAUCCAACUAUAAGUCAGAUUGAUAACUACAAUAAGGAAAGCCCACUUUUCCUAGCAGUGAAACAUGGUUUGAACGUAGUUGCAGAGGAGAUAGUGAAGCGCGACACUUUCAGUGUCAGUGGCCCAAAAGAUUACACUCCGCUUCAUUAUGCACCAAAUUGUUCAGAAAACAUACUUAAAACGCUGCUCAUGAAGCAUCCAGAACUCAUAUAUGCAAUUGAUGACAUCAAUAGAUACAAUGCGUUACACCAAUGGGCAGUUAUAGGAAAAGUUUGGCCAUUAAAAUUGCUUUCAGAGACGGGCAGCCGUGACAUGAAGCGUUUAUUCUUCCGGGGGCACAUCUAUAAGCUUAACCGCAAUAAUGAAACUCCAAUACAUAUAGCGGUGAAGGGUAUCCAUGAAUUUAAGGCAACGACUGUUACAAGGAGUGUUCCUCCAUUUGGUAUUGCGAAAAAAGGUGCACCAACACCUAUCCCUCCGUUUGAUAUUGCAAAAAAUAGCGUAAAAGCAAGCGCUGCUCCUCCAUUCAACAACAUAAACUGCUUUCCACCAGCGAAACCCAAUAGAGAUAACAUUGAUUUUGUGAAAGUGCUUAUAGAAGGUUACCAGAAGGAAAGAACAGAAAAAGGGAGUAUGAGCACUGAGUUACUUGAUUGCCCUCCUUUGAAAGCGACGGAUGAUGAAGGCAAUACACCAUUGCACACAGUUUUAUCUUUGAAAUGUGAAGAGCUUGCACUAUAUUUCCUAUCAUUUGAUUCAACCAUAUGUAUGAUUAAGAACAAAAAAGAGGAGAGCCCGCUCUUUCUUGCAGUAAAAAAUGGGAUGAGCGCAGUUGCAGAAAAGAUACUAGUGCUCUGCGAUGAUUGUGUUGGCGGCCCACAUGGUUGCACUCCACUUCACUAUGCACCAAGAUGUUCAGAAAAUUUUGUAAGAAUGCUGUUGAAGAAGCAUCCAGAGCUUUUGGAUGCAGUUGAUCAGGAGAAGAAAUUUAAUGUGCUUCACCAAUGGGUAAAAAUCGGGAAAGUUUGGCCAUUCAAUUUACUAAAAAAAGAAUUUCCUGAAGCGGGGAACAAAGCCUAUAGGGAUUUAACUGAAAUGAAAAAUAAGGAGGGUGAUACCCCUUUACAUAUAGCGGCAAGGGGUGUAACCUCCAAUCGCAUAUUGCCGACAGAAGAGGUAACCACUGCAUUAUUCCCAGCAAAGGAGGGAACUGCUGCUAAUCCAACACCAUUCCCAGCAAAGGAGAGAACUGCUCCUAAUCCAGCGCCAUUCCCAAAAACCUUAUUUCCAACAAGGGGUGCAACCGCCGAUCUGGUGGUAUUCCCUUCACGGAGUAAAGAAAAUUUUGAAAUAAUGCAAAAUUUUGUGGAUCAGUACAGGAAGAAUAUGUCAUGCUCUGUAUGGAAAGUACAAAAUAAUAAUGGUAAUACGAGGCCGUAUCUUCUAAAAACGAAGAAGUUGCCUUGCUGAUAUUAAAAGAGGAUUCAUCAUCAUAUCAGCUUCUUAACAACGAGGGUGAGAGACCACUCUUUCUUGCUGUUAAACAUGGAUGUUCAAAAGUUGUUGAUAAGAUUUUGAGUUCAAAAGUUCCCUCCAAGGCUCCUCGUUUUCGAACACUGCGUCGUAAGGAUGGACAAACUGUGCUUCAUAAUUUGCGAUUUUGCCCAG